AUGGAGUCAAUAGACACCACUAUUGCCCCCUUCCCAUCCUCCAAGCCCCUGAUCGUCCUCACCGACCCAGAGGGCCUCUCGCUCGACACCUUCACCAACCGACACGGCGAGGUCGUCGCGUGCAGCUAUCUCGACGCGGAGCUAGGCGGAGAGGAAGAGCAGGACGCCAAGACGACACCUGUGUCGCCAUUCGCGGACCCGAAAGACAUGGACUACCGCAUGAUGGGCCUGCAGGACGAGCCGGAGGGGGAGGAGAACAUGACCUCUUACUGGGAAUUCUCCGACUCGUCGACUUCAGACACGUCGUCCGACUCGGAGGAGGACGAGGACGAGGAGGACGAGAUGGACUUCAUCUACGACCACGAGGAGCGCAGGAAAAUCCGCCUGGCUGAGAUCAGCGACGGGCUCAUCUCAUUCCCAGCCUUUGACGACCCGCACCACAACAAGCGGAUGGGUGUGGUCGGCCAUGACACGAACACGACCAUCACCACCAAAGCAGCAGCAGCAGCAGUAGCGGCAGCGGCAGUAGCGUCCUCCUCGUUCUUCGCCGACAUGGACCCCGAGGACGUCAGAGACGCAGAGGAGCUCCUCAUGGACGAGGAUGACGACGAGGGGGACCUGAUUGAUGCCAUCGAGGCCGUCGAAAGGGAAUACGCCAAUGACAGCAGCUGGGCGCGGCCGGUACCGCAGUGGGCAUGGCUGAGGGCGAGCAACUCGUUCCCUGUGUUUCACCUGGGGCCGACGGACUUUAGACACGGAAGGUCGAAGCUGAGGAUGGCUGUUUCUGCAGCGGACGAGUCGGCGAUGAGCGACGAUCAUGACGAUGAUUAUGGUGUUUAUGAUGAGGAGGAUGAUGAACAUAGGGCUGAUCUUAUGUUGUCGAGGAUGCCGAAACGAGAGGAUGUUCAGGAUGUGGCGUUUACGGAAGUGCCGUGGUUGUAG